CGGGGGCGACUGCGCCCCCGCAAUGCGGGGGGCAAGGCGACCGCCGGUGGGGAUCCCGAGCCCCCCAGCUCCGCCGCGCCGAGCGCCCCUCGACACCCUUCCCCCUCCGCUCUUCAGUGGGCCGGAGUCGGUGACAGGAAUCGGCUUCCAACAUGGCGGACAGGAAGCGGCCCCGCGAGGAGGAGAGAACAUUCCAGCCGCGCCGGCUCUUGGGGGAGCGGGCCCGGGGCGCCGGCCUCGGGAGGAGGCGCGAGGGCACACUGCCGGAUCCGGUGCCCAAAAGGGGUGUCUAGAGGUGGAAAUAACCCAAGAAACGGGGGGUCCCGGCCACCCCCCCCAGACGGGGAACCCCAAGGCCACAGGUGGGCUUGGGGUGGCGGGUGAGGGAGGACACUUCCUCAACUCUGCCCACCUACCCUCGCCUCGCCGCCUGCAAAAGGGUCUCGAGACACCACCCGAGUCGGAAUUAGGGAUUCUUGGUGAAGAUUGCUGGUUUCCUCACAUUGCCACUACAGCAUGGUUGCUACAAAUUUAUUUUCCUUGGAAGAUAUGAUGCCGGGUUGCUGACUGGCCGUGUGACUUUGGAUUUUGCAACUGGCCAAGUCCAGAAUGUGGAAAGUUCUACAGGUAUCUGAUUUCAUAGCCAAAUAAACUGCGUACAAAAAAGAAAGAAAGAAGGAAGGAAAAAGGAAGGGGAACCGUUAUACAAGAAAAGAGACAUGAAAGACAUCGCAAUAAAUCAAAUGCAGAGUGCAGAACUUCAGAUCCUGGUUCAGAUAAAUGGACUGUAAGAAGACAUUUUGGAAAGUAUAGGAAAAACUGAACAUGGAUUGGGUAUUAAAUAAUAAGAAGUUAUUGUAAAGGUGUUAUAAUGAUAUUGUGGUUAUGUUUACAACAAAGGUAUUUGUUAGAGACACAUAUUGAAGUAUUUACAGGUAAAAUGCUAUGAUGGUUUACUACAGAUUUACUUAAAAAUACAUUGGCGGGAAAAGGUAGUGGGAGAAUAGGUGAAACAAAAAUGAUAAAGUGGUGUUAAUAGUUGAAGCUAGGUGAUGGACACAUGGAGGUUUAUUAUUACAUCCCACUCCUUUUGUGUACGUUUGAAGUUUUCUAUACAAAGUUAAGAACAAAUGUUAUAUAGA